AUGAAGGGCUUGUACCAGGCUGCUGGCUGGCUUCUUGUGGUCCUGGGGAGUCUCAGCAUAUCCUCUGGAGUGAUGGCUUUCUUUCCUGUCUUCUCAUACAAGCUUUGGUUCGCUGGAUGGAGCGUUUGGAUUGCUUGUCCCAUCUGGAAUGGAGCUUUGGCCAGCACGGCUGGUGGGCUGCUGCUACUGGCUUGUAAGGAGUGGACACAGAGAUCCCUGUGGGAAGCGGGUUUCACCUUUGUGAUUCUGAGCACUAUGGGAUGCCCACUGCAUUUUGUAAUUGCCUUGGAAUCUGCGCUCCUUGGCCCAUACUGCUUCUACUCAUUUUCAGGAAUUACGGGGACCAAUUACCUUGGCUAUGCAGUUGCCUUUCCUUUUCCAUACACAAAAUUCCCCUCUGUCUGUGUGGACCCACCGCACUAUGAAGAGUACCACUUGGCACUCCAAGUCCUGGACCUGUGCCUGAGCUUUGCCCUGCUCUGUGUGGCUCUGACGGUGUUUGUCAAGCUUUCCCUAAGGCUUAUCCAGAAUGGACACAUAAACGUUGAGCCCAUCCACCCCAACCCGCAAAGCUGAAAUACAAGAAUUUGGCACUCUUCAUGCCUUUGUGGUCAGCUUUGUACUCUUCAACUUCUACAUUAGUCUGCAAAGGAAAUCCUGUGCAUUCUUAAGAACAGAGCUGAUUUUACAAGGAGACCUGCCAAGAGGAAAGGAGACCAAAAUUAUCUCUCCCCUGGUACUGCCAGGGCAUCUGAACUUUGGCAUUUGAGAUUUCUCCCUUAUGGUAACAUCCCACACAUUUUAGAGCCCUUUGUUAAAAAGAACAUGGGCCUAGGAGAGACACACAUUGACGUGGUAACAGUCAUAACCCCUCAACAUGGACGUUCCUCAGACACCUGACUAUUGCCUUAAGCAUGACACUCAUAAUGCUUAGGUUGAGUGUGGGGUGGAGGAUAGGGAGAAAUGAAGAAAAAAUAAAAGUCUCAGAGCUUGAUAAGUCAGCUCCAUGGAGACUCAACAGUGGGGACACCUAAAGUCCCUGGGGAAGGAGAAAAUGAGCGGAGGACAGAAAUGAGCUGGGGUCACUAGCAAAGCUCUCUAACUUCAGAGUGUUGCCUUUGUCCACGCUGCUCAGAACACGACUUCCUGGUGUGUGAUGUCUCAGGAAGAUAUAGGACCCAACACAACUCUCAUGUGUUUGUCCAAGAAGACAAGGGAUGCCAGAUUUACCCUGGGUUCUUGUUAAACCCGAGUUUAGGGUCCCAUGUGUCAAAAACUCUGGGGUUGGAGACACAGAAUCUUCAUUUGUAACACACGCCCAAGGAAUAUUGCUGGCCAAUGAAGUUGAAGAACUGUGCUUUAUUUUUUAAAAACUUCUCUUCCCUGCACAAGACUGGGCAGAGUUUCACUCUGGACAGUUUCAGUUUUUCCAUUUGCAUGAAAAACAGUGCUAAAUUGGGUAAGAGUUCUAGAUCAAUUUCCUUGGUGAGCGUUUGUGGAUGACUUGACACGGCUUAAUCCAUGAUGGCGGUAGAUCAUGUUUCAUUAGUGAGGAUGAGCAGCUGACAUGAUGGGAUCUGAUGUUCUGUGCUAAGAAAUACACCACUGCCCCAAGCCCAGGGACACACGCGCAGCCUGAAACCCUCUGCUACCAUGUAGAAAUGUCAGCUAUGCUAGGUACAAUCUCCAGCAAUGAAAUAAGUGUACCACAUAUCAAAAUUUCAGAAAAAACUCAAUGCUCUUAGAAGGAGGAGAGAACUGUUUGUCCAGAUACAGACAUUUACACAAUGAUUGUAGAUUUAAUGAACCUCAUAGCUAUGUUUUUAGAUUCCUCACAUUCUGCAAGUGAUGAGCAAUACUUUAAGAUUUUAUUAAAAAUUCCUCCUUUUCG